GUUUGCGUCGCGCGUCUCACUUUACACGAGAGCGCGCUUCCUGUUCAUGGGCAGACAACAAACUCUCGGAACAUUCUUCGCGAUGCCUAAAUCUGCCAAGGCGACUCCCCCUCAGCAGGCCAGCCUCAAGGAAAUGUGGGGCAAGAAGAAGGCAUCUACGAGCGCCAAGUCCGCCAAAGACGCGUCAGAUUCCGCCAAUUCCGAAGUGAAGCCUUCCAAGCCAGCCAGCGGUGCGUGUGCCUAUACAGAAGAUGAACUUCGCCCUGAAACCAGCACAGGCGAGAAGACGGCCAAAGCGUCCGACGGAACUAUCGGAAGCAAGCGCAGAAGAGACGCCGACUCUGACGAUGAAUCAAGCGACGCUCCUGGUCCCUCAAAGUCCGCUCGCACUGCCAGUCGUUCAUCUCCGUCGACCCCAGCACCUCCCACCCCUUCAUCUAAUGCAACACCUAAACCUGAUGCCAUGGAUGUCGAUCCAGAAAGCGACGAAGAGGCUGCUCCCAAGGCCGUACGCAAGUCGCGCAAGCCCAGGAUCGAGUCCGACGAUGAAGAAGCGCCCACUUCCUCGCAGAAGGCAACUUCGAAGAAGACCUCUUUAAAGCAGACCAAGACCAAGAAAGAUAAGGCUACUGCAGCAGACUCCAAAUCUGAAGGUCGUCGCCGACCCAAGAAAGCGUCGGAGAAGGCUGCACCAGCGACGUCGGACGCUGAACCAGACGCCGAAGCCAGUGUACCCCCGAGCAGUGAUGUUGAAGCGGCAGAGGAAGAGGAGGAUGAAGACGAUGAGGCUCUGCUUGAAGAUGAGGAAGGCGAGGGGGCUGCUACUCGCGCGGUUGCAGCGAAAGCCGCUGAAGCCGCAUUAGCACGCACUUCAGAUGUUGACAUCAAAGGUGGCUGGAAAGUCGGAGACCCAGUACCGUAUGCCGCGCUCACGAAGACUUUCUCUCACAUCGAGUCCACAACGAAGCGACUGGAGAAGAAUGCCUUCCUCACAGCAUUCCUGACCCUCGUCAUACAACGCAGCGCGCCAAACGACCACAACUCGUUGCUUCAAGCCGUCUACUUGUGCAUCAACAGGCUCAGUCCAGAUUACAUCGGCAUCGAGCUGGGUAUCGGCGAGAGUCUGCUCAUCAAGGCGAUCAGCGAGUCGACUGGACGAAACGCGGGCCUCAUCAAGGCUGACCUAAAGAAGGAGGGUGACCUCGGGCUCGUCGCCAUGAACUCGAAGAACAGUCAGCGGACGCUGUUCAAGCCGAAGCCUCUGACGCUACCUUUCGUCUUCUCGAACCUCAAGGAGAUCGCGCUCUCUUCUGGUCAUUCCUCGCAAACCAAGAAAGUAUCCAUCAUUACGAAGCUGCUUGCUGCAUGUCAGGACUUUGAGGCAAAGUACAUCGUGCGUAGUCUAGAGGGCAAGCUGCGCAUUGGGAAUGCGGAGAGAUCUGUACUUGUCGCCCUAGCGCAUGCUGCAGUUUUGGCCGAGAAUGCAAAGCGAGAUCGCAAACUACAUGGCGAAAAGCUCGCUGCUCGCUUGGAAGAGAGCACGAAUAUAGUCAAGGCUGUAUACAGUGAGCUGCCCUCAUACGACAAGGUCAUACCUGCACUGCUCGACCACGGCAUCGACGGCUUGCGAGAGCACUGCAAGCUUUCCCCGGGCGUACCCCUCAAGCCUAUGUUGGCCAAGCCGACGAAGGCUAUAGGCGAGGUGCUCGAUCGGUUCGAGAACAAGCGCUUCACUUGCGAGUACAAGUACGACGGGGAGCGUGCGCAGGUGCACCUCAUGGAAGACGGUAAGAUCGCGGUGUUCAGUCGCAACUCGGAGGACAUGAGCAAGAAGUAUCCUGAUUUAAUGGAGCAGAUUCCGCGGUGUAUCAAAGACAGCACCAAGUCCUUCGUCUUGGAUGCCGAAGCUGUCGCCAUCGACCGCACGACUGGCAAGCUCAUGCCCUUCCAAGAGCUCAGCAAGCGCAAGCGGAAGGAUGUCAAGGUCGAGGACAUCCAGGUCAAAGUCUGCUUGUUCGCGUUCGACUUGUUGUACCUCAACGGCGAGCCUUUGCUGCAAAAAUCGUUGGCAGAGCGCCGCGUGCUCUUGCGCGAGUCCUUCCAGAUUGUCGAGAGCGAAUUUCAGUUCGCCAAGUCGACGGAUAGCGAAACGGUCGAGGAGAUUCAGACGUUCCUCGAAGAAAGUGUGAAGGAUGGCUGCGAGGGCUUGAUGGUCAAGAUGCUUGAGUCAGACGCCAGCUACUACGAGCCAAGUCGACGCAGUAUCAACUGGCUGAAGCUCAAGAAGGACUACCUCGCCGGUGUCGGCGAUUCACUCGACCUUGUUGUCGUCGGCGGCUACUACGGCAAGGGCAAGCGCACGAAUGUCUAUGGCGCCUUCUUGCUCGCCUGCUACGACGCCGACUCCGAGGAGUACCAAACGAUAUGCAAAAUCGGUACCGGAUUCAGCGAAGAGGCGCUACAAUCGCACUACAAUGUACUGAAGCCCCUCGAGAUGGAGAAGCCGCGCGGGGACAUCAAGGUCGGAGGCGCGAAGCCAGAUAUCUGGUUCGAGCCCAAGGUCGUCUGGGAGGUCCUGACGGCGGACUUGAGUCUGAGUCCAGUGUACACGGCAGCGAUGGGAUUGGUUGACGAGCGCGGCAUAUCGUUGCGCUUUCCGCGGUUCAUUCGGAUACGCGAUGACAAGAACGCCGACAAUGCGACGGGCUGUGAGCAGGUCGCGGAGAUGUACGAGCGACAAGCGCUUGCGCAAGGGGGUGGCAAGAAGGGCAAGGUGGUUGAUGACUUCUGGUAGAGCAUCUCGCGUCGUGGUAACUGGUGCAGCAUGGGAUAUAUAGUAUAAUGGAAUAUCUAGGAAGAGGGUUGUGAGCGAUCACUUUUGCGCAGCGUUCUUCACUUCCUCAACGGCCUGAGUAACCUUGCCCUUCGCCUCCUCCGCGGCAUCUGCUAUCUUGCCAGAUGUUCCGAGCUUCUCCUCGCGACCGCCCCCAUACCAGUACUUCACGAAGCGCGCU